UGUUUUGUUCAAAUUAAAAACGAGUGGAACAUUUUUGCAAUACUUCUAGAAUAAAGUAAAAGCAAUGGACAGACACACAAGACAUAAAUGGUUUUUUGCAUUCACAGUUUUUAUUAUACUGACAUGCGUGUUUUUGAUGAUUACCUAUUCGGGCUUUGAGCACGAGUCGACAAAUGGGAAAAAUCUUCUACUGAUAAUACUGAUUGUAUUGUUCUUCCAAACAGUAAUCGCAGAUCCAAUUAAAUAUCUAAUAAUUUCCAUUGAUAUGGCUUUUUGGCCACGAAGCAUGGCCAAGCAUCGCAAAGACACAAAAGAAGACGAAAAGGACUAUAACCGCCUCAAUUUCCUCAAGCAACGGCUGAGCAGUAUGCGCGUUCAGAUGCUGAUCACCGAGCGCUACCGCAACCAGACCUUGAACCAUGAAUACAAGGAUAUUGUAAAAGAUCUGUUGCUCUAUGGGAAGUACUUUCUCAUCUUAAUCUGCGUGGUGGUGUUGCCACGUGACCAGCUAAUGUACUACAACACGGCCAAAAUGAAAUAUCUGCUCAUGCGUAAUCAUUCCGAAUAUAUUGGACUAAAGGAGAUUAAUCACCUUAAUCAGCUUUUCGAUUUUGUAAAGUCAUCGCUAGUCGAUGCCUUCAACGAAGGUACGAGCGAGGGCGCAUCCUGGGUCCACUCCGAACAAAAUAAAAUACUUGGCGUCGUUCGGCUGCGCCAGUUGCGCCUGGCCAAAGAGGACUUCGGCUGGGGUGUUCCCAAAUUUACAGAUCUUAUGUAUAUGCCCGGCUGGAAGUUGCCUUACCAACGACUGCUCUAUACCCACAAAUAUUGGCGCGUCUACGAUCCGUGGCUACCCAUAAAUGGGCAACACGAUUUUACAUCCAGCGUACUUCUAAACUUUGAUCACGUUGGUAAAUUUCUGUAUUAUCCGGAACUUUGUGGGUACGUCGCAUUGCUUGCCCGCAGCAGGCAGAACAGCAUGAAAAUACUUGAUUUUCUUACUGAUAACCAAUGGCUUAACUAUAACACGUCAGCGGUAUUUAUGGACUUUACCCUCUACAAUGUGGAUGCAGAUAUGUUCAGCGUGUGCACAUUGCGAAUGGAACAACUGCCAUUUGGCAGUGUUAUACCAGAUGUGACAUGUGAGAGUAUUGCGAUGAUUAAUGAUGCAUUGCAGCUACACUACAUCGUGAUCCUGGUGUUGGUCGUCUACUUGGUAGUCGUAUUACAGUUCAUUCAGGCAUUCAUCGUGAACUUGUGGUAUCAGCCUGACAAGCUGAAGAGCAUGUGGUACAAACUGGACUUGAUAAUUGUUCUUCUCAAUGUAUUUUUGUUAUUUGUUAUCAUCGUACGUUUAAUACUGAUAUCGUCGCUGCUGAAGAGUUUGGCGUUCUCCAAUAAGAUGUCAUUUCUCGACUUUCGAAAGCCGGCGCGCUUGUAUAUGCUGACAAACAUAUUGACUGGAUUUCUAAUCUGCAUAACUACGCUGCGAUUGUGGAAAGUGUUGCAGUUCUCGAAAGUAUUUCAGCUAUUUACGAACACCCUGUAUCUUGCCUGGAAGGCUUUGGCCAUCACUGCCCUGGCAAUACUAAUCAUCUUAAUGGCAUUUGGCAUUGCGUUUACUAUCAUCAACGGCAAUAACAGCCCCCACUUUGUUCAACCGGUAAGCAGUGUUAUUACAGCAUUGUGCUUCUCGGUUGGCUUCAGUCAGCAGCUCAAUCCAUCGGAUCUCUUUCAUGGUGGCAAAUUUAUUGGCAUGUUAAUGUAUGCUGCCUUAGGAUUUGUGGUUUCUGUGCUGCUAGUCAAUGUGUUUAUUACAACGAUCCAUGAUUAUUUUACGAUUGCAAAGUCUGAGCGCAAUGCCAAUUUCAGGCGAGAAAUCACAUUUUGGCAAUUCUUGCGUGUGGAAUAUUAUGGUGUCUAUAGAUUCUAUAAGUCGUUGCCUUUUAUAAGAAAGGAAUACAAACGCCACAAUCGUACUGUGGCUGAGAAUAUCCAACACACCUUGGAUAACGUCGAUAAACUUGCACAAAUGAAAGCUCGAGCCAAAAGGCGUGUAUUGAGCAGCACGGAGAAAGUUGAGGAAUAUAAGGAUGAGGAAACUCGACAGGCAGAGUACAGAGAACGUGUGGAGCACAUGUAUGCGAUCGCAUCUAUUUUGAAUAUUCAAAUGGAAAUACUUGAACGUCUGAUAUUUGAUAGCGACAAAAAAAAGAAAAGGGAGAGGAAAAAAAAUCGACGCGAUCAAAAUCCUAUGCAAAACAACCGAGAAGGUUUUAAUGAUAAAAAUGAUAGCGUUGUGUAAUUGCCUAAAUACAUAUAUUCGUCUAAUAAUA